CACUCACACUCACACUCACACUCACACACACACAGCCCAAACGCUGAAGAUCCAGGAGCUGCAGACGUGGGUGCAGUCUCUGGAGAAGGAGGUGCGUGCGGAGGGCCGAGCGGUUCAAGGAGAGCGAGGCGCGGGCUGGGCGAGGCUAAGCGGGAGCUGGCCGGCAGGGAGCAGAGCCUGAUGCGCACCAAGGACGAGCUGGGCCGCGCACACACCCUCAUCAGCCAGGAGAGGGACCGGGCCCAGGCCUCUGAGCAGCGGGCGAAGCAUCUGCAGGAGGAGCUGAAGUGCCAGAGGCAGAAUGCUGAGACCAGCCGCUGCAACGCCGAGCAGAAGAGGAAGGAGAUUGAGAGAGAACACCAGAGGGAGUUGCUGGAGCUGCAGAAGGAGCGGCAGGCUCUGGAGCGGCAGCACCAGCAGGAGUCCCACAAACUAAACCAGGAGAUCCAGCAGGCCAGGACGCUACACCACACAUUACAGUCACAGCACGACAAGCUGGGUCUGCAGAAGCAGGCUGUGGAGCAGGAGCUGGACUUCAUCAAAGGGAAGCUGAAAGGCACUGAGUCGGAGCUCCAGGACACUCAGAAGAGAGAGGCCCAGACGCAAGCUAAGCUAACGGAAGCGCUCAGGGACAGCGAGAGCCUCACCGUGACCAUUGAGCAGCUGAAGAGGAAGGAGAGGAGCCUGGAGGAGGAGGUGAAGAGGCUCUCUGAGGAGCUGGCUGACGCACUACGCCGCCUUAAAGAGCUCCAAGACCAGCCUCCUGCUCCUGCAGCUGUCAUAACGCCCCCCCAGUACUCCUCCUGUGGCGACAGCUUCAACCCAGUGGUCUCUUACGAUCGCCCCAGUCCUCACCAAACACAAACCCACAAGAAGAAAGCGCUCAAAGUGGACAGAACCAAAGAGGAGGCGAUCCAGAGGGCAAAGUACCCCUCCGAUAGGGAGCCGGGGGAGGGCAUCGAUUCUGAGCAAAUCAAGGAGUUUGGCUCAGAGCAGCCCGCAAAGGGCAAGAGAAAAGAGGGCAGGAGGGAGAAAGUGGGAAGGAGGGAUGAAGAGUCAGACCAGACGGAUGAAGCUGGAGAGGUUCUGUCUUCUGCUCUGGAGGAGGACGCCAGCAGUGAUGAGGGAGGGACCAAUCAGCUUUGCCCAAAGUCACAGCUGACUGAAACCCUAAGCAGCAGCAGUUCACCAGAAUGUUCCAGAAGCAAACCCACUAUCCCAUCGCCCAGCCAAAGUCCCAACCGCGGAGGUGGGCAGACGGACCUGAAGCGGGAGAAUGUGGCGCUCCGCGACGAGCUCCGGGACACCAAGCAGGAGCUGGAGCGUCGACUGGACGACCUGGAGAGCCAGCGUCGCGCCGAGGCGGAGGCCCGCACCAAGCUGAAGCAGCUGAGCCGCAAGCACUCCACCCAGACGGAGCAGCUCCACCACAGGGCCCAGGAGCAGCAGGAGGAGCGCCAGCGGCUGGAGCGGCAGCUGGAGGAGGCGCGCCGGGAGACGGGACGCCUGGAGGAGGCGCUGGCCGCCGCCGAGGGCCGGCUGGAGGAGAGCCGGAAGGUGAGGGACGCGGAGGCGGCCGGCGAGAGGGGCGAGUGCGAGCGCCUGAGGGAGGCGCUGACCGAGAUGGAGCGCAAGGGCCGCGAGAUGGAGGAGGAGAGCGGGCGGCUGAAGGAGGACCUGGAGGUGCUGAGGGUGGAGCUGACCCAGGAGCGCGAGGACCGCGAGAAAGGCCGCGAGGAGGAGGAGGAGGAGGGCAAGGAGGAAGGACCGGGGAAGGAGGACCUGCUGGCCAAGGUGUCCGAACUCGAGGCGGAGCUGGACGAGCUCAGAAAGGCUCCGAAGGAAAACCUCCAGCUGAAAUAUUUGCAGCUCAACGGCAGCUGCGACGACAACAAAGCCAUGGUCUUCAACGAUGAGGACAUCAUCCCAUCCCCGAUUGACCACGUCUCCUUCUGCCAAGCGGUCAACCUCCAGAACUCCAUGGUCUCCCAGGAAGCCUCCACCAAGAACUUCAUCACCGACCUGGGAGCCUGUAAGAAGCUUGCAGAACAUUCCAGAAACGAGAAUGAGGCCCGGAGCGCCGGCCUUGCCCAGGAGGUGGAGCGUCUGAAGGUCCAGUGCGAGUCGCUGCGGGCUGAGCGGGACAGGGAGUCCGGCAGGAGCAAAACGGCCCAGAACCGCCUGGAGGUUCUGCAGAAGCAGGUGACCAGUCAGACGCAGCAGCUGACGCGGGCCUUCGAGAGCCAGAGCAGCCACAUCGAGGGCCUGCUGCUGGAGCUGCAGCACCGCGACGCCGCCAUCCAGAGGCAGGGAGAGGAACUGCGUCUGUGCCAAGAGGAAAUGGCUCAAGUCAGAGCAGCUAAGGAGAAACUGGAGACGGAGGUCAGGACAGACGUCCCUCAGAUAGACAGUUCAGAUGAUGCCAAAGAGGUGUCUGUCCAUUCAGAUGCCACUGUGGAUAAGACUCAGCCUGAAGCACGCUGUGACAUGAUAGACAAUACUAAAGCCAAAACACUAGAUAAGGAGGCCGAUGUCGUAUCUGUUAAGGAGGUCUUAAACACAUCUACCCCUGUUGAACCCCAAGCUGGGGAGCAGCACAAGGCAGUGGCACAGAGUAACACUAGCAAUGUUCCGUUCCAGACUGUCCAAACUAAUGCCCAGGAUGCAAGCACGACAGAUGUUCAGGCUGGUUCUCUGCCGUGUGAAAUCGCAGCCUCUGGAAACACAGUUGCUAUUGUGGAACGUUCUGGAAACUUUAAUGAAAAACAGUUUGUGCACACUGAGACCACUGUUCAGGAGGGUAGUGGAGAAGCGCCACUGGACACUGCAGACCCCCGACUCGGACGGCCAGCUGCCGCGUUAGCUAGCGGACAGCUGGAGCACAACUCUCACAAUUCCACACUCCUGCAGAGCCCCGCAGACGUCCAGGCCCUUGACGCGAGUACCAUGACGGAGGCGGCCGAAGGGUCACCGGAGAGCCAGAGGGAGAUGGACCUGCUCCGGGCCCAGAAUGCCCAGCUCACUCAGGCGCUGGAGGAAGCGUCAGUGGAGGAACUCCGGUCAGUCAGAGUGGAGAACGAGCAGCUGAAGUCCAGGCUGAAGCAGUUGGAGGCCGCUAGCGUCCACGCCCAGGACGAUGGGCCAGCAGGUAGAGAGGAUGAUGGGGCUUUGCGCCCGUGCCGUGAAGGCCAGGGGGAUCUCUCUGUCCAAACAUCUGAUGCCGACAACACAGAGGAGAGAGUUCCCCCAGUUCAGCCUGUUUCAGUGCAGCCAGAUGCCACUACAGUAACAGAAACUACUGUGGAGAGAAGCACUGAGAAAGAAUCUCUUGGAAAGGAGACAUUCGGCCACUCAGACACAACCUCACAUGAGCAACAGCUGCAGGCUCUGCUCUCGGAGCUGCGACGGCUGACCGGGGAGAACGAGAGUCAGGCCGAGGAGCUGGAGCUCUGGAGGACGGCGGCGUCUGGAGAGCCCUCGGCGCUGUUGCCGGGGGCAACGGCAGGUCGCCAUGGAGACGGAGGCAGCAUACUUGUGGUGCGGGAAGACCACAUCCUCCUCCCCUGUAGCACAGAUAAGCUGGGCGGACAGCUCCUGGAAACAAGGUCCAUGAUCCACCACCAUCAGUCAGAAGAGGCAGGAGGUCAUCCAAGCACCACCACCACACAGCGGCAGCAGGACUCUCCUGUACCACCCAAGGUGGAGGUGGACCAUGGUGCAUCUGUAAAGAGCUCAGAGUCUGAAGAUGGUGAGCUGACAGAUGAGGUGAGCUCUUGCCACGAAGUGGAAACAAUGACCAAAGGCUCUCAGAGGAGAGCUGAAGAUUUACAUUCCGAGACCCCCUCCACUGACCGCAGAGGUUCUAACACUAAAGAAAAGCUGUGCGACUCGCCCACCAAGACCAAAACAGUCCUCGGACAGACUGAUCAGGUUCAUCAGCGGGCAGGACCUGGCGCUCCUGGACCCGAUGCCAAAGCCAACAGUGUCUCAUGCACAUCCAAUCAGGCGCACAGCUCUACAGAAGCCUCUGAAGAUGCCGCGCGGCAGACCAAAGCAGACGACUCCGGACCGGAGGCGGCCCACGGCCAGACGCUGCUCCGCGAGUCCGUGAGUGCACCGGCCUGUCAGGCUGAGCUGGGGGUGGGGAGCGUGUCUGUGACACCGAGUGGAACGAGCCGAUCUGCAGAGACACACCAAUACUGCGCUGAUGCUGCCGAAGAGAAGCUCCGACCACCAGAGGCCUCACGGGAUGGGGCUGAAGGUCAGAGUUCAGAGGUCACGGGCCUUGAGAGGGCACAGGUCAGUAGGGAGGUGAAGAGUGCGGCCACCCAGACGGAGGAGACGCACGCACAGAGCCCUGAGAACACACCGCAGAGGGCCGCCGUCCUGGACGCCAGCACACAGACGGACCGAGGACCAACGGAGGAGGAGGAAGACGAGGUGACUGACUCGCCAUGCCCCUCGCCAGGGGCGGCAGCAGAGAGCGAGAAGCUACUGCUCUCCAGCUCGUUCCCCAUCCCGGCCAACCCGGCGCACCUGGCCGAGCGCAUCCGCCGCAACCGCAACCGCAUGUCGGCCGCCUACGACGACACCGAGUACGAGCCAUACGGCCUGCCCGAGGUCGUCAUGAAAGGUUUUGCUGAUAUUCCCAGUGGCCCUGCCUGCCCCUAUGUCCUCAGGAGGGGUCUGCUGGGAACCCCAGCUGUGGCGCUCCCAGCGCGGGAAGUGGAGGGAGACACAGACCCCUAAAAGUCACUAAGGUUGAUGUGGAACCUUGUCUUGAGUUGAAGUAGGCGGCACAGCUACACCACCUCAUGCCUUCAAGAGAACACUGCACUUUGCCUGCUACAUCCUCGGACAUUAUUUAUUAUUAUUAUUAUUUUUUUUUUUUCACUUUAAUGUGUGGGGAAUUCUAAAUGGCUACAGCUGUUGACAUGUGGCCAAGACCCCCGAAGCCGAGACCAGACACUGACCUUGGGAAGAUUGAUUGUAUAUGUGCUUUAGCUGUGGAGGGAUUCUCCUGCUUUACAAAACUUGAAUUUGUGAAUAGCCUUAUUUAUAGAUGUGUGCCUGAAAUGCUGUGAGGAUCACACUGCCAUAGAUGAAUGUGUGUGUGUGUGUGUGUGUGUGUGUGUGUGGGCUCGUGUGCACUUGUGUGUCUGUGUUUUCUGUCUAUGACUCAAACCAACCUGAGCCUUUUUCCUCUCCAUGUAUGGUUAUCCACCAUGAAGUGCUUUCUCUCUCUCUCUCUCUCUCUCUCUCUCUCUCUCUCUCUCUCUCUCUCUCUCUCUCUCUCUCUCUCUCUCUCUCUCUCUCUCUCUCUCUCUCUCUCACUUUAUGUAUCUCCAUCCCACCACUCAUUUCUCUUUCUCUCCCUUCAUUUCUUUUUUCCCCUGUUUAUAAUUACAAUAUUCCAACAGUUUGCAUUUAUGAUAACAGCACAAACCCACUGCCUAUGUAGUAAUAGAAUGUGUCAUGUAUGUAAGUGUCCUGUACAAUGUUACUGUAUAUGAGCAGCUCUACUUUAUCAGAUUAAUAUAUUAAGUCGAUAUUAAUAAUUUGGUUUUGUGCGUAAUUGGACUGGAAUGUUUUUGUUCUGUUUUGUUCUGUUGCUUUGGUCGUGUUCCAGCCUGUUUCCAGUUUAAAAAAAAAAAAAAAAAAAAAACACUGGAUUGAUGUAGCAUUAGCUUAUUUUAUCAUUGUUGUUUUUAAAUAUAUUGAUUUUUGAUUGAAUCGGAAUUGAAAGCCUUAAGUGGUAACACUGUGGCCUGCCUUGAAGCUUUCUUGUAGGACUAUUUAAAGGGAAAUUUGUAGUGCUUUCACAGAUAAACAGACUGGGUGGUUGGAUUGUAUGACACGAUUUAACUCCGGCGUCUGCUCCUCCGUCUACAUCGAGCUGUUUUCAACUUCAUGAGCACUCAUAUUUUAAGAUAAUGUACACACACACACUAAGGUACAGCACAGUUUAGAGAAGCUCUCCGGCACAUACAGUUAUUCUUACUGCCUCCUGCAGCAACUACUGCAGAUAGGACCCUUUUCCAAAACCUAAACAAAACAUCAACCUGUCAAGUGUACUUAUACAGCAUGCAAGACAUCAUUAUUUUCAGAUAGCACUCAGUGUUCAGACAUUAUCUUGAAACUUUGAUCACAGACAUAAUAUUUCAGUGCCCCCCCAUCUGUUUUGUCGUACUAGCUGUACUGAAACAGGUCCACUGUGAAUCGUUGCUCUUUGCUUAAUGUCACAUCUAUGUGCUGCGGAGUGCCUGCUUUGAUGCUUUUAAUCAUUAGCGGACUGGAUUAAAAGGGUUGCCUUGAA